CAUUUGAAAAUGAAACUGAGCCAUGAUGAAAUAGAUGAAUCUAAUGCUAGGCUAGUCGAGAGACACCCUCUCUAUUACUCUGGCAUGACUCUAAGGGACAUAUUCCCCUUCUUGUGAUGAUUUAACAAGAAAAGUGAUGGGCCUAGGAAAGAUGACAAAAUAGACUCCUUCUUAUCGUCUGAAGAUGAGCGCAGUGAUGGAUAUAGGCAGGGUAAAUAAGGAAAAAGAGCGAUAUCAUAAAGUCAGAACUCAAAAGAUGAAGUCCAAAAAGGGUUUCCUCACACUUGGGUACGGCUUCGUGGCGUAUUUCAACUUCUUAGAAUUUAUUAUUCUGAUUUUCACAGCCCUUACUCUUCUUUCACUUCCUUCGAUGUAUUAUUAUUGGAACUUCAGAGAAUCCCAAGAUGAGAGUAUUGGGUGGAUGAAUAAACUCUCAAUGGGGAACCUCGGAUACUCUCAUGCAUUAUGAAGAGACGUACACCUUGGAGUUGGAAAACUCACUCUUAGUUGAUCCACUGGGGUGAUAAAAGAUGUAGUGUCAUUUGGAAUCAUCCCAGAAAAUUCGAAAACUCUUGAUGCUUGUCUUCCUACAGAAGAAACGGAGAGCUGUAGACCCGUACUGAGAGAAGAUGAACUUGCUGGCAUCAUCAAUAAUGAGUGUUUGGAUAAGGAAAUUUGUACCCUAGAUGUUAUUUCGUAUGUCAAUAAAACAAGAGAUCACAACCCUAUUUGUUCCGGAAUUGAAGCAAGAUUCUAUGCACAGGUAUUUUGUAAAGCACUUGAUGAAGAAGAAAUCUCGUCUAGAAAAUCAAUCCAAUUUGUGUUGAUAUGGACAACAAUAUUCUCAGCUCUGCUAUAUUUCAUUGGAUUUGAGUUCAUCGACAAUUAUGCAGAGGCAAAAUUGGAGGAGUAUGAUCAAGACACAACCACAACAUCUGAUUUCACUGCCAUUUAUAAAAUACCUCCUGAAUUAUAUGAAAAUUUUAAACAGAAUAUUUACUCUCAGAUGAACGAUAGGUUGCAGAGAACCAAAAAGAAAACUUUAGCGCCCAUAAUGGCAUUUAAAUUCUUCAUGAUCGACGGAAUUGUUAGAGAGCUGAGCGAUGAUGAUCCUGAAGGCUCCAAAGCCAUCCUCAGCUCAGGAGAAAAGGAGUACCAAACUCAAAGAAACUGGGAUAUUCAAAAAGAUUUUAAAAUUAGCAAUAUAGAUAAAGAUAAUGAAUUCUUCAGAAUUGACAGCAACAGGAAGGGAAAUAAGACUGAACUAGACUACAGGAAAUUUGUCGAAGAGGAGGUCAAGAUGAAGCAGGAUGAUAGUCAUCAGCCGACUUCUAGGAAAAGCUCAAUCAAAGGUAAAGAUAUCCAAAUGAAGAGGUUAUCGACUACUCGAAGUGAGAAGCCUAAGUUGAAUAAAUAAAAGGACUGAGUUCCUCAACAGAAAAGCGACACCAGGAACUCUUGACGAUUACUUCAAUAAAACUAAAGACAUUGAGAUUGCUGAUAUCCAUUUCUCUUUCAAGAACAGAGAGAUCCUUUAUCUGUUGGGUGAAAGAGGUAAAGCUAUUUUAGAUAAUGACAAUGAAAUGAAGGUCAUGAUUCAGAAUGAAAUUCUUGCAUUGAUUAAAAAGGAACAUGAGACUUACACUACCCCAGUAUGUGCAUUUAUUACGUUUGCUAACGAGGAGUCUUACUUAAGAGCAACAGAGUUGAACAAAGUAAGAAUAGGGAAUAAAAGCUACUACAAAAAGUACUGGCAAGGCCAUCCUCUUUAUUUCAAACCAGCUCUUGAGCCAUCUUCAAUUUUGUGGGAAAAUCAGUAUGUCCCAAAAAGUGAGAAAUUUUGGAAACUUAUGGUGUCUCUUAUUAUAGUAUUUCUGAUCUUAUUUGCUUCUUUUGUAUUUCUCUUCUAUGCUCAGAAAGAAAUAUAUGACUACAUGAAUAUUUACCCAUAUAUUGAUUGAGACUCAAUCGUAAAGACUUAUGAGAAUUCCCUAGAACAUUAUGGAGUGCUCGAGUGGGUUUACCUUAAAGAAACUCUCAAUAGCAAAGACUUGACUUCGAGUACAGGGACACUUAGCUGAUUUUGCAACCAGAAAUCAUUAAAAAGUGGCAUUUUAGCCACGAUGAACUCUCAGCAUUACACCAUUAAUAAGGAAGGAGAAUUUGUAGGAGGUCACAUUUGCUAUGAUUGGCAAUCAGGGAAGACAUUAAUCACAUUCCUCGAUGUCAUAAUCACUUUGGUGAUCUGAUUUGCAGAUAUCAUACUCAGAAAUAUUGUUGUCAUCCUCAUAAGAUGGGUAAACUUCAGGAGUAUGAAUAUUGAAUCUGUAACUAUUCAAGUCAUCUUAUUUGCAUCUCAGUAUCUUAACAAUGGGCUUUCGCUAAUGCUUGUUGGGAUCAAUCUUGAUGAGCUACUUGGGAUAAGAAUCUUCUUCCUUGAUGGUAGAUAUCCUGAUUUUACAGACAGAUGGUUUAAUGAACUUUCAAAUUUCUUUAUCACACCAAUGUACAUCAAUAUCUUCGUUCCUUUUAUAGAGUUUGGCGUGUUAUAUCUUAUUUAUGUCAUAAAAAGAAGACUUGACAUGGGAUGGUCCCGUGAUAUUUACUCAACUAAAUGUAAAUCUAUGGGUCAGUAUAUCAAUAAAAUGUCUGGGCCAACAAAUGAUAUCUUUGAUGGUUACUCUUACAUAAUGGUGAUCAUCUGGAUCAACAUGUAUUUUGGUGUGGGUCUACCUCUUCUAUUUCCUCUUACAUUGAUUUCAGCAAUAAUAACAUAUGGAUUUGAGAAAAUCAAGACAGUCUAUUGGUACAAGAAAUCAGCCAUGCUCAAUGAUCGCCUCAAUAAGAAUGCCAUAAAAACUUGCAAAUGGGCAGUCAUCUUAUAUUGAUUUGCUGGCUAUUGGUUCUUAACAAACAAGCAGAUUUUCUAUGACGAAGUUACAGCUAAAACUAAAAAGAGUGACAUCAUUACUACUAACCAUACGUAUAAAACAAUUGAGAUAGACCAAAGUUUCCCGCUAUUGAUUCUGUUCUUUAUGCUAUUGGCAUACAUGAUAUUUUACUCAAUUUAUUCAUCAGUUUCCUCUCUAGUAAGAACUGAUACAAUGAAUCAAUAUUUACGGAGCGUGGAAGAUCUAUAUUCUUACUACGAUAGCCUGGAUCAGCACGACCUUAAAACAAUGAUACUUGAGGAAGAACACAACAGAGAUGUCUUAGAUUAUAGUAAGAUGGACGACAAUAUUUUGAAAAAGUUCAAGAUUAGCAGAGUUAAGCGGCUCCAAAGCUCCAAGAAUUUAUCGCAGAAGGAAAAUGAGGUCUUGGACGAUAAGACUAUUUUCAAUAAUUUCACCUACGAUCUACUGAUGGAGCCUAAGUACAUUGAUUUGUACCAAUACGUCCCUGUGAUCUAUAGGGAUAUAAACCAGCCUUUCAGACAGGAAUACAGAGACUCUGAGUUUGUCAGAAAGUGAAUAGACCUCGCUUACUACUAUAACCCUGAAGAUUUCUAUAAAACGAAAGUAGACCAGAGGAUGUCAGUGAUACGUAGAAUGGAUUACAAUUUCAAAAACAUGGCUUCACUGUCUAUGAAAUCAUCUUAA